AAGGCAUCACAGCCGCGGCCGCGACUGGGAGGAAACGGCGACUUGGACUCGGCUUCCAGCGACGCGAUGCCUCUUGUCAGAGCAGAACCCCGGGCAUAGGCACCCAUAGGGCACUCAGGAGGCACCCCUGGCAGUUUGCGAUACGGAGCCACCGGGGAGGCGGACUCUUCUUGUCUUUAUGUUUACCGGAGAGUAACUUUAGCUCAACAAGCUAACCUCGGCUAGCCGUGUGCGCCCCGUCCCGGACCGUCGGAACCCGCCGCUCCAUGGGUCCGCUCACGGGUUCUUGCUGAGCGGGGUUUGUAGAUCUCCCGGAGUCGGUUUCAAGCGGACCAGCGGAAGCGGUUCACGCCAGUCGGCCGGAAGCCGGAGCCAUGGGUUUCUCUCUCAGCCUCCGAUGAACUGAACCGCCACGCUGGACCCGCACAACUCAGCCAAGCCGCCCUCCUCCCCGUCUCCCCCCUCUCCGGCCAUGGCGGGCUUCAAGCGGGGCUACGACGGCAAGAUCGCCGGCCUGUACGACCUGGACAAGACGCUGGGCCGCGGGCACUUUGCCGUGGUCAAGCUGGCGCGCCACGUCUUCACCGGGGAGAAAGUGGCGGUGAAGGUGAUCGACAAGACCAAGCUGGACACCGUGGCCACGGGCCACCUGUUCCAGGAGGUGCGCUGCAUGAAGCUGGUCCAGCACCCCAACAUCGUGCGCCUCUACGAAGUGAUCGACACCCAGACCAAGCUGUACCUCAUCCUGGAGCUGGGCGACGGCGGCGACAUGUUCGACUACAUCAUGAAGCACGAGGAGGGCCUCAACGAGGAGCUGGCCAAGAGAUAUUUCGCCCAGAUCGUCCACGCCAUCUCCUACUGCCACCGGCUGCACGUGGUGCACAGGGACCUGAAGCCGGAGAACGUGGUGUUCUUCGAGAAGCAGGGGCUCGUCAAGCUCACCGACUUUGGCUUCAGCAACAAGUUUCAGCCGGGGAAGAAGCUGACGACCAGCUGCGGAUCUCUGGCGUACUCGGCACCGGAAAUCCUGCUGGGCGACGAGUACGACGCUCCGGCCGUAGAUAUCUGGAGCCUCGGUGUGAUCCUGUUCAUGUUGGUGUGCGGCCAGCCGCCCUUCCAGGAGGCCAACGACAGCGAGACGCUCACCAUGAUCAUGGACUGCAGAUACACCGUGCCGGGCCACGUCUCCAGCGCCUGCAGCGAUCUGAUUGACCGUAUGCUCCAGAGGGAUCCUCGGCGCCGCGCCUCCCUGGAGGCGAUCGAGGGCCACUCCUGGCUGCAGGGCGUCGACCCGUCGCCGGCCGCCAAGUACAACACGCCGCUGGUGUCCCACAAGAGCCUGUCGGAGGAGGAGCACGGCAGCAUCAUCCAGCGCAUGGCGCUCGGCGACAUCGCCGACCGCGAGGCCAUCGUGGAAGCCCUGGAGACCAACAAGUACAACCACAUCACGGCCACCUACUACCUGCUGGCGGAGAGGAUCCUGAGGGAGCAGCAGGAGAAGGAGGCGCCCACGCGCUCCUCCAGCCCCAGCAGCAAGGCCCACUUCAGGCAGUCGUGGCCCACCCGGGUGGACAUGCACCAGGACAUCGAGGACAGCUUGGCGGCGUCCUCCAUCUCCCACGCCGGCGGCCCCCAGUCUCCGGCCCGCAGCGCCAAGAGCCUCCUCAACGGCCACCGCUCCAAAGGGCUGACGGUCACCGACGGCCCGGGACAGCCGGCGCAGGGCGCCGGUGCUGCCUCGGGCCCCGCUCCUGGUUCUGGCUCCGGUUCCUCCAAGGCCCCCAACCACUCGGCCAAGCAGCAGAUCUGCUUGUUCAGGGUGGAGGAGGACGAAGAGGAGGAGGAGGAGCGCGCCGCCGGCCGCCUCCCGGCCCCGGUGGUCCUGCGCCGGAAGCCUCCGUCCAUCACCAACCGCCUGACCUCCAGGAAGAGCGCGCCGGUGCUCAACCAGAUCUUCGAGGAGGAGGGCGAGUCGGACGACGACUUCGACCUGGACGAGGGUCUGCCGCCCAAGCUCAGCCGCCUCAAGAUGAACAUGGCGGGCGGCGGCGCGGGCCCCGGGGCCGGCGCCCCCUCCUCGUCCCCGGGGCCCACGCAGAAGCGCUACCACCGGCGCAAGAGCCAGGGCCGCGGCUCGUCGUGCUCCAGCUCGGAGACGAGCGACGACGACUCCGAGAGCCACCGGCGCCGCCUGGACAAGGACUCGGGCUUCGGCUACGGCCGGAACCGGAGGGACGGCGGCGAGGGGCCGCCCGGCAGCGAGGGGGGGGGCGGCGGGGGAGGGGGGGGCGGUGACUCUGGGCAGGACAGACCCCCCGGAGAGGGAGGGGGGGGCGGCGGCUCUGGGCCCGACCAGGAGAGUCCGCCAGGAGGUGGCGGCAAUGAUGGAGGAGGGGGCGGGGGAGGGGGGGGAGGGGGAGGACAAGACAGCCCCUCCAGUUGUUGUAACAACAGCAGCACCACUAGCCCCGCCCCCACUAGCCCCGCCCCCAGCGUCCUGGCCCGCACGGCGAGCCGCGGCACCGAGCUGGUGGAGAGCCUGAAGCUGAUGAGCCUGUGCCUCAGCGCCCAGCUGCAGCAGCACCGCGGGGGGCGAGGAGGAGGAGGAGGAGGAGGAGGAGGAGGAGGAGGAGGAGGAAAGUUCAUCAUGGACCCUCGCGGCCUAUCAGGAGGCAGCGUGAAAACCCAGGAGAAAUCGGCGUGGAGGAUGUGCAUCGGCUCCACCGGGAGCCUGGACACCAUCGCCCCCCCCACCGCCCCCGCCCUGCCGCGCCCCCCCCACCACCACCGCAAGAGGGACGCUCCCAGCAGCCUGAGCCUGAAGAGCGGCGUGCUGCAGCUCCCUCUGUGCGAGAAGACCAUCUCUGUGAACAUCCAGCGGGGGCGGGGCUCGGCGCCGGUCAGCUGCUGCCAGGUCGUCUGAGGCUGGAGCCCCGCCCCCAACCACCCCCCCCCCUUGUUUUUAACUCCUGUCCGUGUGUUUCGGCCUCAGGGUGCUGGUUCUACGUCGGUCACUGGGAUCGGUGAUGUCACUUCAUGGCGCUCAUCUUUUAGCUGUUUGUUAUGUGUCAUUUGGGAAAGUUUUAAUUUUUAAUAAUUUAGUAAUAGUAGCGAUUGAAUCAAACAUUUUAAAUAUUUAGAAAGCCUUAGUUUCAUUUCAUUAAUUUUUUUACUUUGUUAAUUUUCAAGGAAGUUUUAAUAUUUCAAGAAUAAAGUCAGAAAGUUAUUCUCAUAAUAUUGUGACUUUCUGGAAGUGGAGACUUUACUCCAUGAUUUGUUUUCUUAGAGUUUUUAUAAUUACAACUUUAUUCCCAAAGCACUGCUGUGUCCUCUCUGAAUAAUGACGUUUGUAUUGUUGUGUUUUAUUGAUUAUUUCCUCCGUGUAACAAUAGACGCUGAACGGAGCCGCUCCGUCACGACGGGAUUUAUUUAACUCCAUCAGACGAUCCGUUUCAUUGUUUAAAAAAUAUGUAUUUCCACGAGAAUGAAUUCAGAUCAUCCGUCAAACCACCGUUACAUUUGGACACCGUCUCUUUAAAUAAAGUGUCUCUACUUGCUCUUUAUUUAAAGAGACAGUGUCUCUUUAUUUAAAGUGUCUCUUCUGUCUCUUUACUUAAAGAGGCGGUGUCUCUUUAUUUAAAGAGACAGUGUCUCCUUAUUUUAGUUGUCUCUUCUGUCUCUUUAUUUUAGUUGUCUCUUCUGUCUCUUUAUUUUAGGUGUCUCUUCUGUCUCUUUAUUUAAAGAGACAGUGUCUCCUUAUUGAAAGUGUCUUCUGGCUGACAUCUUUAUUUAAAGAGUGGAGAGAGAUCAUAUUACUGCUGACAUUACAUUGUAAAUGUGUCGCUGAUAAAGAAAAUUAGUCUCUCCCCCCCCCCCCCUCCCCCGCAUCAGCCAAAGCUGACGACUCGCGUACGGAGUAUGUACAUAUAAAGUAUGUUGAAAAGUAAAGUUUAUUUUUUUAAAUCUUGUAAAUUUUUGUUCGGUGCGAUCUGCUGUUUGAAAGACGGGUGGAGGACAAGCGGGGGAGGGGAGGGGGCGGGGCUAAGAGAGUAAAAAAAGACGUGCAGCUUUAAGAAGCUGGCCAAUCAGAUCCACGUGUUGCAGAAACAUGUGAUGAAUUAUUCCAAACCACGACCUCGUUGGACUGAAACAAAAGAAAAGGAAAAGCUUUGAAAUGUUUAAAAUAUGUGGUUCUCUGUUUUUUGUCUUUUAAAAAAUGUAAAUAGUUGUAAAUAGGAUCGGCGGGCGCCUUUGGUGCACAGCUGUCCGUCAUCGAGCCUGAUGAGGACUAGUAAAGCUACUCCAACUGUCAGGUGCUCUCCAGGUGAAUGAUGUGCAUGUGUUUCAGUGAGGGAGAGAGAGAGAGAGAGACAUGUUACUGGACCAAAAAGCAGGAAAGAAGAAAAUAAGUAUAUUAAAAAAAGAAUAAAUUGGACCGGACGGAAAUAUUCUGUGUAUAAUUCUGUAGUUGAUACUUGUCGUCAGAAGUUACAUAUAACUGGUAAUAUCCAGAAAUAAAAUGUGGAAUACUGUCUUCAGUC